GCGCGGCAGCGUCAUCAGUGGCCGCCGGCAGCGCGCGGCUAUGGCGCUGGCCGCCGCCGGGCCCGCGGAGGUGGUCCGCGCGGCGCAGAAGGACGACCACUACCGCGGCGGGCUGCGCAGCGCGGCCGGCGGCGCCGUGCACGGCCUGGCGGGGGCCAGGAGGUGGCUGGAAUGGCGAAGGGAGCUGGAGCUGCUCGCCGACGUGGCCUACUUCGGCCUCACCACGCUCGCAGGCUACCAGACGCUCGGGGAGGAGUACGUGGGCAUCGUCCAGGUGGACCCAUCGCGACGCCGCGUGCCGUCGCCGCUGCGCCGCGGGCUGCUGGUGGCGCUGCACUGCGUCCUGCCCUACCUGCUGGGCCGGGCGCUGCAGCAGCUGGAACGGGCGCUGCAGCCUGACGCGCGCCGCGCCUCCCUGGGCGGCCCCGGGCCCGGCGGGCGCGGCCGGGGGGCUCGCUGGCUGCAGCGCUGCACGGCCGGCCUGGCCGAGCCGCGCCGGAGACUGCUCCUGCAGGCCCUGGCGGGGCUGCGGCGCGGCCUGGACGGGCUGCAGCGCCUACACGUGGCCUGCUUCUACCUGCAAGGCGCCUUCUACCACCUGGCCAAGAGGCUCACGGGAGUGACCUACCUCCGCAUGCCCCACCUGCUCACCGAGGACCCGAGGGCCCGCGCGAGCUACCGUCUGCUGGGGCUGCUGUCGCUGCUGCACCUGGUGCUAGCCCUGGGGCUGCAGCUCUAUGGGCUCCGGCAGCGACAGCGCGCCCGCAGGGAGUGGCCGCUGGCCCGGAGAGGCUCACAGCGCAGGAGCCACCCCGAGGACAGAGUGGCUGCCCGGGGCUCCGUGUGCACCCUCUGCCUGGAGGAGCGGCGCCACGCCACCGCCACGCCCUGCGGCCACCUCUUCUGCUGGGAGUGCGUCACGCAGUGGUGUGACACCAAGGCGGAGUGCCCCCUAUGCCGGGAGAAGUUCACACCCCAGAAGCUCGUGUACCUACGGCACUACCGCUAAGGGCCACCUAGGGGCUAAGCCCACCCGGCUGGACACUUGCUUCUUCCUGAUUUCCUGCCGCCUGACAAGUUGGCUUAUGACCUCGCCCACCUCAGUCAGGGGUGCGGGAAAUAAAGGGGUUGCCUCUCACACCCCUCUGGUCCGCACGCACCGAGCCCCUUUAGUUUCAGGGACUUGUAGAUGAUAAGGCUUGGUUUGGGGGCUGUGGAGUACCUGGAAAUUAACCUGGGCCUCCUUAAACCACCUAUGCACUUUGUCGUGGUAUCGCUGGGAUACUGGGGCCCGAGUACAACCCCCAGAGCCCCUUAGUCUGAACAACUCUGCCUGGCCUAGUGGAAACAGGAAUCUUGAUGGAGCAGUGUGUGUGUGUGGGGGGGGGGGUGGUCCUGCCCCAUCUGUGUAUGCUGAGUGCCCCGCAGCCUGCACCUGUACACUGUGGCCUCAGCAUCACCACAGCUGACCUCCGGCAGCACAUUGGGAAUAUCCUGCUGGGCCCUGCCCUGAGCACUGGUGAUGCAGAGAAAGACGCACAAGAUGGGGGUACUCUUUAAUCGGGGUGGAAUUGAAAAGUUACUAAGUGCUGGAAAGAAUUUCAUUUUAUCAAAAAGUUGGCAUGCAGGCCAGUGCAGUGUCACAUCCCCUGGGAGCCAAGACCAGUCUGUGUCCUGUGGAAAGCUGGUACAUGAAACGGGAGCAAACUGCUCAAAAGCAAACUCCACAUGGGUCAAAGAAACGUGUCGAACCACGUCAGACAAUUAAAAUAUAAUAUGUAUUUAUAAUCCCAGGCCCUCAGCAAUUGUGGUGGUGGAGAGUUUGAGUCCUUACAACAGUGGCUGUCCGCAUCAUGGGCACGCCUUCCAGCAGGGUCCUCCAGCAGGCGGCCGGUGGCUGGGUGGGCACUGCCCGACUUUCCCAUGGGCUCACUGCCUUCCCCAGCCCCCACCUUCCCACCCCGCCUGCCGAGCCUGAGCGUCACUGAGAAUAAAUGUGAUUCCUAAU